AUGGAAAUAUUUCGAUGUAGAAUGAUACUACAUGCAAGGCGACUGUGGGUAUCACCACAUUUCAUGAAAGGUCAUUCGAAAUGGGAUAACAUUAAGGAUACUAAGCUUGCAGCUAUGGUUAAUAAAACAAAAACAGCUGAACAAUUAAUGGCUAAAAUGAAACGAAUUGUUCGAACUGGUGGGCCUGAUCUCAAAUUCAACAAAGAUUUAGUACAAUUGCAGUUGGAAUAUAGGAACGCAAACUUUCCUGAUGAAACCUUUCAACGUGCUUUAAAGAAUGUGCAACUCCAGCCAGUAAAAACAGCGAAAAUUACUUUGCUCGGACCUUCUGGAUCAGUUUUUAUCAUCGAAUCGGAAGGUUUAUCACAAAAAAAACUGCUAGAGUUUCUUACAACAUCUGUAUAUAAGAUUGGCGAUGGAUUUCAAUUGUCAAAGAAUGAUUAUAGCCGAAGUUUUGAGGACAAAGGUGUUAUUAUCGUUAGUGCUAUUAAGGCCAAUAAAACAUUAUCAUUAGAUGAGAUGGAAGAAAUCUGUAUAGAAUUGGAUUGCGAUGAUGUCAAUAAAUUUGAAGAGGAUGGAGCAACAUUUUAUGAAUUAGUUUGCGUACGAAAGAAAUUUGCUCAAUUAUUGGCUAUUGUUGAAAAAGAAGGCUUUAGUGUUAAAUGUUCUGCUUUGGAACUACGUGCAGUCAGUCCGGUUGAAAUAGAGAAACAUGAAACAGAAAAGAUCAUUCAGUUGUAUCAAAUGCUACGGGAAAAUGAAGGUAUCACUCAAGUUUACGCCAAUAUAAGGCCAAAUUCUAUACCGAUAAGGCCUGUCAAGUUAAAAGUUGCAACACAAUGA